AUGCCUCUCAUCAACGAAUCGCACGACUCCCUGCCAUACAUUGAAGCAGAGCCUUCCACUUCUGCCCGCGCAGCUGCGGAGAGGCUUAUCACCGCAGAGCUUUCUGCUGACUCUCAGACCACUCUCCACCCGUCCAUCCCCGGUUGCCCCGAACCCCAGUUUUCCCCCCUCAUGCAGCAGGAGGUGGAUCGCAAGGCAUCUGGAUUGCCCUUGACUGGUGGAAUUGACCUAUCGCGCUACGAGGCCCCCGAACCGCCCGCCAGAGCUUCAGACGGAUCGCCCAAUCUCGAAGAGUGGCGCCGGACGUUACAGAAGGCCUACACGGCUAGUUCUCACCUGUCGAUGAGACACGACAACCUGGCGCUAUUGGAGGAGAAUGGAAAGAACGCGUGGCUCAUUGGCAACUCGCAGUUGGAGGACAUCCUACGCGGCCUGGAGAAAGAACUGGCCGAGACCAAGGAGGCUGCGGAGUCGGUCAAUAAGGAGAGGAAGAUGGCCCAGGAAGCCAACAAAGGAGAGCUGGAAGGAUUGGAGGAAACUUGGAAACGGGGAGUGGGCGCGAUCCUUGAAGUGGAGUUGGCUGCAGAGGGUUUACGGAUGCAAAUCCUGGAGCAGAGACGCCAGCUGGCGCAGCAGCACGCGCGGUAA